GCUCAGUCGGCGAGGUCUUGGUUGUUGACAUGGCUAGCCGUGUAAUUUCUGCAUAUAACACCUAGAGCGCCGCCUUCACUUCCUCUUUACUGCAGAGAGCCUGUCUAUAGUGUCUCCCAGCUAUGCAGUUUCCUCUCGCUGUGCCCGUCCCGCCGUUUGCGGUGCGAAAAGCCAUUCCAAAUAAUCAAUGGGAAACCAUACUGGACGCAUGGAUUCUUCUCACAGAGCUGCGUAUACGCAUUUCCCAAAAAGAUGACUUUGGCGAGUGUGCCAAGACGGAUCGCUUCAGCGUUUCGUUUCUUUCCUCGUACUUUGCUGCUCACAACGAUCCCCGGCUGCAUGGUGCGGGGCAGAAUAAUGACGACAACAAGAAGGCGCGAAGAUUACGAAAGUCGGUUUUUCUCCUGACGAGGAGGUAUUAUCUUGAAGUGACUCCUAUCCCUGAUGAAUUGUUGGACUGGAAGCUGCUCGGUGAUCUGAGCGAGUGUUAUCAUUCCAAUUCCGCGCUCAGAGAAUUAUUAUCUGAAGUGUGGAAUCGUUAUGAGCACAAGGCCUCGACAAGUGUCGAGAAAGGGAAAGAUGAAAUCAUGCAGUUGCUCCAAAAAAGAGGCUCUGCAACAGCUAUAUCUGACUUGAUCACCGAGCUUCGGAGGCUUACAGUUCUGGCCUCCUCGCUUCCUCAUGCUGGCCACGUGUUGAUGACUGGGUCUGAUUAUUUAGAUUCUCUUCAUGACGCGUAUAAAUCUAGUUUAUCCAGCAGUAAAGAUGUGAGUAGUAUCGAGGCUCUACGAAGUGCCCUUGCUGCAAAUGCCUAUGUAGGGCUUACCUCAUUGCUCAAAGCGUCAAAGCCAAACCUGUCCCUUUUAUUGGACCAUUUGUUUACACUAAAAGUUUCCUCGGGUGUAGGUUCUUCAACGAAAAACAGCAAGACGCCUGAACUACUGUCAGACCUUGUAUGCAGUACAGACUUGCUAGUGAGAAUAGAGCGUUACUUGGUCUCUGCACCGCAGAAACGUGGCCAGGACCUUGUGAGUUCUUUGAGGACAUAUCAACAAGAGAUGAAGCACCUUCACCAUCGCCAUCAACGGCACAAAAAGAGAAAAGAUAAAGGAAAAGGACCGGCAGAGGAAACAUUUGGAGGAGAGAGUGUUUUGCAUGCUCAUAGACUGUCGUUGAUUACUCAAAUCCAGGAGCUUUUCCCGGACCUCGGUGCUGGAUAUGUUCUACGACUAUUGGACUUCUACAAUGAGGAUAUGGAAGCAAUCAUCGCCCACUUACUGGAAGAUUCCUUGGCUAAUGAGCUCAAGUCCUUCGAUAAGUCGGAGCCUCUUCCCGAUACCCACAUUGCCCAUGACGUGAUGGAGCCUCACAGCACCCCACCGGAAUAUUUCGAAAAUCCAAAUUUCAUUCGUAAUAUCGACAUAAAAGAAGAUGAAAUUAUUCAAGCCGCUCGAUCCAAGCCGGGUGAGGGAGGAAAGAAGUUACAUUUCGGUCGCGCAAAUGCCGACUCUACAGCCGACUCCAUUCUCGCAGACCGAAGCCAACACGCCACCAACAAAGCUGCUAUCCUCUCUGCGUUGGCGACUUUUGAUUCAGACGACGAUGAGCGAGAUGAUACAUAUGAUGUAGCAGACGUUGGUGGAACCGUCGACACCGUCGUCACGGGCACAGACGACGCUGAGGGUGAACGAGAAAAGCGUAAUCGUGCUGAAGAGACAGACGUGGCUUUGUAUCGCAUUUGGAAAUCGAGCCCGGCACAGUUUGCGCGAGACUCUGCUACGCGUCGGUCGCAAAUGCGGACGGCCCUUAAGCGGGAGACUGGCAUGACGGACGAGGCCAUCGAGGGAUGGGCGUUGAUGCUACAAAGAGAUCCUAAGAAGCAGUCCCGUCUCGAGUCAAGGCUAGCUCUUGCUGGAAGUUCUAGCGGUCAAGAAGCGAGAGCAGCGUCUCAGCCCGAUCUACCAUCUACAGCUUAUCGAAAGCCAAAAGUUGAUGGGAACGCUGAGGAUGAGGAUGGCACUAGUGAUGCAGAUCGUUCUGUAGGCAAUAUGCGUGGUAGAGGCAGAGGCGGUCCUCUAUCUCGCGGCCGCGGUGGCCCGAAUCGCGGUGGACGCGGAGGAGGUCGUGGAAGAGGUGCAAAUCAUCGACGGCGAGACCAACAUGCGAAGAAGAUGGCGAAAGCCGGAGCACUUCCUACUUGAUAUAGACAGCCAUUGUCAUUCACUAUAUAGCCAAACAAUAUAGACCGUCUAUACCAGGCGUCAGAAUAGGUUCAAAGGAAGUUUUAUUGAUCAUGUAAUGUAUUACAACAUGAAUUUAUGAUUAAUUGUUAG